AUGCCGGCAUUAUCAGGGCUGAAGCGCAUCCAGCGCAACGCACAUAGAACAUCACCCCUUGAGAGCCUGCUAGGCCCGUCUCCCGCAUCCCACAAGUGCCAAAAUGGUGCCUCACGACCAAUCCACACAAUAAUCUCAAAGCAAAGAACCCGCAAACUCACCGAUCACAAGGUCCGCAGUCCAUCAAGACGUGCUACAUCGCGCGGCUUGCUUACAUCCGCCAUCCCCACCGCCCUCAUCCCGCCCCUGAUCUUCACCACCCUGCUGCUCGGCCUGUGGACCUGGAAAUGCUUCUGGAUCGUGCUCAUGCAGAAUAAACUGCUCUACAUCGCAUGGCUGCCGCCGUUCGCGCGCUCGGAGCAGAUCGCCGACUACGCAUCCGAAUGCAGACCCGUCACAUGGACGCAGAAGCCAAUCCGCAGCCUCGACGGGACGACCCUCGCCGUCUGCGAGGGGCGGAUCCGCGCCCCCGUGUCUGCGCCUGCGGGGAGACAAGGCACCCAUCCAACGAAGAGGGUGGUUAUCUGCUACUUCCAGGGCAACGGUGGCUCGACGCCGAUGCGGCUGCCGCUUCUGUCGGGCCUCUUGCGGGACAUGGCGGCUGCGUCCCGGGAUGCGGGCGUGGAGUGUGUGGCGGUUGCGUUGUCGUACCGCGGGUACUGGACGUCGGCGGGGCGGGCGACGCAGUCUGGUAUCGAGCUUGAUGCGCAGGCGUUUCUGGAUUGGGCGGUGGGGGAGUAUAGUGUGCCCGGGAUGGAGCUUCAGGUGGUGCUCUGGGGACAUAGUCUGGGGUCGGCGAUUGCGAGUACGGCUUUAGCGACGUAUCUCUCUCGUCGUGGGCUGGAGUCACCUCGACGAGGUGAGGGAGAUGUAAUUGCUCCGAUUACUGGGCUUAUACUCGAAGCUCCGGUUUCCAGCACCAAGGAUAUGUUGAUUAGCUUGUAUCCGCAGAAGUGGUUGCCAUAUCGCUAUCUGUGGCCGUUUCUGUGGAAUAACUGGAACAGUGCGGUGGCGAUGCAGCGGAUGGCGCGCUGGCGGGACCAGCUUCGCCAACCAGGAAAAACUGAUGCGAGCAUCAACGGGGGACCAGAGGUUGCGUCGGACUCUGCAGGAAGGGUACCACCCAUUCUGCUUCUUUCGGCUGAGAAAGAUGAGGUCAUUCCGUCAUACGCGGCUGUAGAGUUAGAGGAAGAGGGCAUAAGGCUUGGCCUGGAUGUUCAGAGGCUCGAAGUCGCUGGGGCAAUGCAUACAGAGAUACCCAUCAAGAUGGCAGGUAAAAAGACAAUGGUGGAGUUCAUAUUAAGCUGCACUAAAGCUUGA